AUGUUUAGUGGAUUUUUAAGUAUCCUUUUAUUCAUUACAGCUUUACUAAUAAAAAGCUGGAGUAAUGUUAAAGCAGAAGUUCAAGGUGAUCCUUAUUACCAUUGUCAGCUAAAAUCAAAUGUUACUAAUGAUCAAAUCAAAGUACUGUUGGAUGAAAAUAUUGAAUUAAUUGAAGGAAUUCAUGAGAUUCAAUGUUUCAUUCAAUGCAUAUUGGAAAUAACUGGAAUUAUGGAUGAGCAUGAUUUGAAAAGUUUGGCUGCAGCUAAAUGGAAUGGUGCUGGAGCAGAAGAUGUCGAAGACGCAUAUUUUACUUGUAUUGAUUUAACUAAUGACAUGAAGGAUGCAUGUAAAAGUGGAUUUAUUCUAUUCAAGUGUCUCAAGGGAAUAUUUGGGUAA